AUGAGUCAAUCCAUUAAUAUUCGGGUGGUGUGCCGCGUUCGGCCUCUGAACAAGAUAGAGUUGGACAAGGGGGAGGAGGAAGCUUUGGAGUAUCCGAACAAGAACCAAAUCAACACUGUCAAAAACCCCAAGAAUCCCUUGAAGACGUUCACUUUUGACGAUGUAUACGAGCCGGAUUCGACCCAAGCUGAUGUAUACGAGACAGCUGCGAAACCCAUUGUGAAAGAUGUCCUAGAUGGGUUCAAUGGCACCAUCUUUGCGUACGGCCAGACUUCGUCAGGGAAGACGUACACGAUGGAAGGUGUCCUCAAUGACAAAGAAGACAUGGGCAUCAUCCCACGAAUCAACCGGGACAUCUUCAACUACAUUGACGAACUGAACGAGCAGACCGAGAUCCAAAUCAAGAUAGCCUACUUCGAGAUAUACAAUGAGAAGAUUAAGGAUUUGAUGGAUAAAAACAAACAGAACUUGCCAGUACACGAGGACAAAAACAGAAUCCCAUAUGUUAAGGGUCUGACAGAGGAAUAUGCAACCAGUCCGGAGGAGGUGAUGGGUCUGAUCAACAAGGGAAAGAAGAACAGGAAGACGGCAGGAACAAACAUGAACGAACACUCUUCACGCAGCCAUGCUGUGUUCCAGAUUCAAGUCAUCCAAGAAAACAAAGAAAACAACAAGAAGACUUCGGGUAAACUGUACCUCGUAGAUUUGGCCGGCAGUGAAAAAGUGAGUAAAUCGGGUGCUCAGGGCGAGCGACUGGAUGAGGCGAAGAACAUCAACAAGUCUCUUUCCUGUCUGGGAAAUGUCAUCUCUGCACUCACUGACAAAACCAGAGGCCACAUACCCUACAGGGACAGCAAACUCACCAGAAUAUUACAGGAGAGUCUGGGAGGGAACUCGCGUACCACAGUCAUCAUCUGUGUCUCUCCAGCUGGAUACAACCAGGAAGAGACCAGAUCCACCCUCCUGUUCGGACAGAGGGCCAAGACCAUCAAGAAUGUAGUGUCUGCCAAUGUGGAGUUCUCGGCCGCCGAGUGGAAGCGAAAGCAUGAUGCAAUUAAUAAAAGGUUAAAUCAAGUGAAGGAUUUGACCUUGAAGUUGAUAGCUGAAGCGUGGCGGUGGAGGAAGGGCGAACAAGUACCCCCCAAUGAACAGAUUGACCUGGACGAGCUGAAAAAAUUACUGGAGAGUGAAAUAGAAGAAGGCAAGGGCGGAAAGGGAGGGAGCAAGGGAGGAGGAUCCAAGGCGGACAUAGAUGAUGAUGGAGAGGAGGGGACGAGAGCGGGAUCUGGAAGCACCCAGUCCAGAAUAGACAAAGAAAGGCUGAAGAAGAGGCUGAGCAAGACCUCCAUCGCCAGGAGCAGGUCCAGCAAGAAGUCCAGCAAGAAGAAGAAGACAGGUGAGCUGGCUACCCUGGAUGAGUCGGCUGAAGAUGACCAGAGUGCGAUGAGUGAAGAUGUACCUGAAGAUGUGUUGGCUGUUCUCAAGGCCGAGGUUGACAUGAAGACGCAGGAAUUGGAAGAAGAGAAGGCGAAAUUGGGUCAGCUAGCAGACGACAAGGACGACGAAAUAGCCGAGCUCACUCAGAAAGUGCAGAAACUGGAGGAGACGGUGAAUUUGUGUAUUUUUUAUUUUUUGGUGAAGCAGCAAGAGAAAGCGUACAAAGAUGUGGUGCAGGAGGCUCGUAAGAUCCACAAAACUGGCCAGGAAAAAGACGGAGUUCUGGAGAAACACAAAGAGAGAAACAGGAGACUGGAGGAGGCUAUGCGUGAGAUGACUCAGGAGACAGAUCAAGCCAAGAAGCAGAUAGACGAGAAGGAGAAUGAAGUGAGAAACCUCAACAAACAGAUGCAGUCCAUGACACAAGAGGCGCAGCAAGUGCAAGAACAAAUCAGCGAAGUGGAAGACAGGAUGAGAGUGCAGUCCACUAAGUAUGGGGAACAGCUGGCCCAACUGGCUCAGGAGAUAGCCAGUCUGGGCAAGACCAUCGUGCCGGAGGAGAAGAAGGGAGAGUUCGAGGUACUGGUCGAGAAGGUGGACACGAAGCGGACAAACGAGACGUUCUCUCUUCUCCGGGUGUUGCUUGCCAAGGCCAGACACUACCAGCAGAUAGAGGCCAAGAACCUCAAUCACAUGCGUGAAGAACUCCGGACUAUGAAGAACGAGAAGAAUGCGAAGGAGCAGGCACACGUGGAGCAGAUGGUGCUGCUGAACCAGUCCAAGGAGAAGAUGGAGAAGAUGCAGGACGAGCUGGAGGACCUGAGAGAGAAAAAUGCACACAUGGAGGAGAAGGUGAACAAGAGGAAUGACCAGAUUGCAGCCAUUGGCAGAGGUGAGCGUCUGACAGGGACAGACCAAUCAGUGGACCCUGACCUGGAGAUGAUGAGGGAUGAGCAGAGGAAGCAGGAGAGAGUGUUGAAGAGGGAGGUGGAGGAUGCGAAGGAGAAGAGGAAGGCGAUGGAGAGGGAGAAGGACGAGUGGCAGCUCAUGGCCGAGUCACUCAAGGCCGAGAUCGAGAGACUGAAGGCUGAUAUCCAGAAGCAGAAGGAGGAUAUGAAGCGUAUGGAAGAUGAGGAGGGGGAGCAACAGGCGACUCUGGUGCAGAUGGAUCUGAUGCAGGAGUCCAGCAACCAGGAGAUCCAGACACUCAACAACAUCAAACGACAGAUGGCGGCCGCUUUUGCACGAGCAAAUCAAGCUAUCAUCAACGAAAGAAAAGCAGACGCCAAGACAUCCGCAGGCGCCUCCGAGCGCCAGUCGUCGACAGUUCCGAACGCACUUCCCUACGAGGGAGAACUCUUCCAGACUGGCAACAUAGCCCAGAGGCAGAUUGAAUUCCUGGAAACUAAUUUGGACUGGGUCAAUAAAAACAACCGGAAUUUGGCCAAAGAAGCCAAUGAUUUGAAGAGAGAAGUCAUUCCCAAACUGCGCGAAGAUAUUAAGAAGCUCCAGUCGGAAAAGACGAAACUGCAGCGUCUUCUUAAAGACGAAAAAGAGAACGCCUACAACGAACGUAUGACCCUGCGAGAACAGUAUGGCACAGGAAUGGGGGAGGGCAGCCAACAGAAACGAAGCCGAAACCCAUCAGUGACUCUGGUCAAGGGACUCAGAUCCGGAUCGAGAUCUGCAUCUAAGCAGAAGGAGGCUUCCACUGAAAAGACGUCUACUAAUCGGAGCAAGUCAAAGAGAAGGACCAACUUGUAG